CCUAACUCUUCAGACUGCUUCCAUGCGGGUGUAUGUCGUCAUCAUGCACGGGUCAACUUCUUGUAACGCGCCAGCGCGCCUCGGGAGAUCGCGCUGCGCCAUGGCGACACCGCAGUCCCGCAUUUCCUAAAAGUGGAGUUUAAGGAGAUCACUCCACCAGACAACAGAGCUGCAAAUGACAUGACGGAUUUACUUUCCAAAAUGGACCAGCUGUCUCUAAUGGCCUUGUUAAAAUGCCCCCUCUGUUUGGAGAAGCUGGACGCCUCAGCCAGGGUCCUGCCCUGCCAGCACACCUUCUGCGUGUCCUGCCUGCAGAGGCAGGAGGCGGCGCACGCGCAGCUGCUCUGCCCAGAGUGUGGCGCCCCUGUGCCGGUCAAGACGGUGCAGGAGCUCCCGGAAAACCUCCUGCUGGUGCAGCUCCUACAGGGGCUGCAGACUCCCAGAAACUCGCAAAGAGUCCACCAUCCGCCAUCCUCAGCCAGAGGCAGUGAAGAUCAACAGCUGGGAGAUAGUCAGGGACACAGUGAGCCUGCUCACAGAACAUCAAUGCAUAACCAACUAGAUGAUGCAUCAGCAGAGACGGACGUCAAUCCUGCAAAAUGCAUCGGUCCAAACCACAAAGAGGACGACAGCUGGCAACAUGCAGACCUCAGUGAGCGCAGCACGCCUCUUUGCAGGGCGAUGUGCGACUUCAUUCCAGAAAAGAUGAAUGCGGAAGAUAAUAAAUACUGUCUCAGCUUUUGCAAGGGGGACGUUUUGACUAUUUUCAGACAAGCGGAUGAGCACUGGGUUGAAGCCAAGCUUGGGGAAAAAGUUGGAUAUUGUCCUCUGCAGUUCUUAGAGCCGAACUCUGCUGCUGCUAAGCUACUAAAAAGGAGGACUCGAAGUGAUAGUGACUCAGCAGAAUCCCAGCAUCACACUGAGAGGGCCACUGAUGCACCUAACCGGACCUCCCAUUACGGAGUCCCUCAAGUCCUGGUGAAGACUCUCGUUAUAAAAACUCCGACUCUCCCCACUCUGAGGAAACAGCCUUCAGCCAGCAGCAACUUCCAUCACACAAACAUCAGCACUUCCAAUGGCUUCAGCCGUCAGGGUCAGCCUCAGCGCUUCCCGCUACCCUCUGCUGAACUGAGGCACUCUCAUCACUCCAGAGUGAGUGUUCGACGAUCAAGCCGGCACUCCGACUCGCAUCGACAGCACUUACAGAGUGAGAUAAAGAUGACCAGUGAAACCCCACCCACGAUCACCAUGGCUCUGUUGAACCCUCAGAUGACCUCUGCCUCUACAGACAGCAAGAACUCCUCCACACAGCAGCUCUCUAUCAGUGUGUGUGCCGUCCUGUACAACUACAAACCCAGACGAGCAGAGGAACUGGAGCUGAGGAAAGGAGAGAUGGUGGGGGUGUACGGAAAGUUCAAAGAGGGAUGGUUGCGUGGGUUGUCGCUCAGAACAGGCAAAGUGGGCAUUCUGCCUAGCAACUACGUCACACCUGUGCUCAGAACCUCGGCCAGACUCCUGGAGACCAAGACAGCUAAUGCAUCCUUACAGUACAACCCAGCAACUGGGAAGAAACCCACAGCUGCAAACAAUCCCGCUGUGGUCCUUGCAUUUGACAGGGUGAAUGGUGAUGGAGCAUCGUACUCAGCGGGACAAGUUCCAUCUGUGGCAAAUGGAUCUCAGCAUGCAAAGCCAUCUUUUUAUGGAAGCUCUCAAGGUUGGGACACAGUGAGGCGUAUAUUUAACCCGCACAGAAGCUCAAACUACGCCUCUCAGCUGUCCACUUUGAACGUCCCAUCCAACUCGCAACACUUUGCCCAGGUCCAGGCAUCAGGCUACUCACCCGCCCUGCAGAGGAAGAAGAACAACAGCCUCUUAUCCAACCCAAUCAAAGCUUUGAGUCGGAUGACUGAGCCUGUAGCACCCUCUGCUGCUGGAGUGCUGAAAGAUAGAGAAUUUACCUCCCAUGAAUCAACAUUUCAGCAUUACAGGCAGCCUACAGUUGCACCUCAGUCUAUUCUGGUUAAACCGGACACACACAAGUGUAGUUCCAACAAGCCUCAGAAAUCAGUGCGGUUUGUCACAGAAGAAGACUCCCCGCCCCCAAGACGUCGUACGUCCUCAUGGUCGUCCGGAACCCAGAUUGGCCGUCCUGGGCCACGUCCUUUAGAAGUUUGGGCCCCGUCUCUCACCUUGGGGAGAGACGGACCGGGGAUCAUUCUCAAGGAAGGAAGAAGUCCUGUUUUCAGAAGAGGCCUGGAAACAGCCAUUUCAGAUGUGAAAAACACAAAACCACUACCUUCACAGCCACCACUGUCCGCCCUGUCAUUUCAGUACAGUCCCAGCAGACACAGGAUGACCGCGACACAUUUAGCCCAAACAGACUCUGAAAUCAGCCUGCUUCAAGGAGAGAUGGUCCUCGUACACAGGCCUCAAGCUGAUGGCCGGGUGCUUCUUACUCAAGAGAGCACUGGGCAGACAGGUGUAUUCCACAGCGGUGUUCUUCAGUGCCUUGAGAGGCUCAGCUGACUGUGUAUUUCUUUUGUAAUAAUGUACAUUUGCACAAUUCUUUGCAUUCAAACUGCCAAACAACUUGAUAGAACUGAACAAUUGGAUGUUUAAGGCCCAAAGAUAAAUGAAAGGUCAUUGUUUUGGUCCUGACUGCCAAUGCGAAUGUGUGUAAAUUCACUGGCGAUGUUUUAAUGUCCCUCAGUAUGUGUGACCCCUUCUGUCAAAUGUUGUUGUGACAUAUUCUGUUCUAAGAUAAGUGUUUCUUGUUCCAAAACUGUUACACCAUGUGUUGAGUGCCUUUGUCAAAACCUACAAAGGAAACUAUUUGUAUUAAAUAUGUCUAGAGGAAUCUUGAGGUAAAGUAUCUAUACCGCCUACGUGUUCAUAAAGUAUACUUCCAAACCAU